AUGCCAAGGCGCAACAUACCAAAACCCCAGUGUCGAUACGGUGCCUGCGUAGUCUUAAAUAGAGGAUGCAAUCCACAGUACAUCUUUUCUCCUUACUUCCGUUGUGAGGAUGGUAUUACUCGCUUUGUCGCCAUCUGUGAUAUUUUUACUAUCAGAAAUGUCGCCAGCUUACUAGCUUCACUUCGGGUCAGAUACCAAUUUUGGGCUUCCGAUACACUCCUCUUUGAAGCUCAAGCCUGGCUUCAGGAUCCUGUCUAUGGUUGUGUAUCCCACAUUCUAAUCCUUCAACAACAGGUUAGUGAUUUGCAAGUUUAUCGACCUUAUUUGCAAGAUUCACUAUCUGCAUAUUAUUUUUCACAUCUCCAACUUGUUCCUCAACCUGAUCAAUACCCAAGCUGGAAUUUCGAUCUUCCCAUUAUCUCAGAGGACAUCCCUUAUCCUAGUUUCCCAGAGACUACUCUUCCACCUUACCCUGACAAAGACAGUAGUAGCCAGAUGCCACCCCCAGAUGACAUUGAUGAGCUGGGACCUAUCGUGUUUGGAAACCAUCGUCGUCCAUGA